AAUAUACAUCCUAUUUGUGAUUACGUUUGGAUUCCUAUAUAUAACCAAAAGUCAUGUAGUGCAGAAGGAAUGCCACAAGAAUUGUAAAUGCACAAUUAUGCCGUCAAAGAAACGUCAAGCUAUCUGUACUGGACGAGAUUUGCAUUAUAUUCCACAAUUUCCAGAUGCUAUAACUUCUGUAAUAAUGAGCGGAACAAAUUUGACGCAUAUCGGUGAAAAUGGAUUCCAGAAUUUGACUGCCAUUAGAUUGAAAGACUUAAAAUUAAAUAACAAUCUAAUUUCAUUCAUUCAUGAAUAUGCGUUUGUAAAUUUAACAUUUCUGGAUAGUUUGCGUAUUUUUCAAGAACCAAAUUUAGAUGUUAAUGUUAUAAAGGUAUCCGUUGGGAAAAUGAAAACAAGAAAUCUUCGAUCUUUAUAUUUUCAAAAUAAUAACUGGCGUUUCCUUCCAGCCGACAUGUUUUCAAGUUUUUCAUACAGUCAAAUACGAAAUGUUCGAAUUGGAGGUAACAGUUUUUCCAAACUACAGUUUACGACAUUUUCACCAUUAAAAAAAUUGGGAAAGCUGUUUUUGAAUAAAAAUGAGAUUGAACAUAUUGAUUUAAAAGGCAUUCCGAAGGAUCUAAUAGACUUUCGUUUGAAUGAAAAUCUUCUCCCAAAGGUUCCGGAAUGGUGUAGGAAGGAUAGACGUGAUGUCAGUUUGGUAAGAAAAUUGGAAGUUUUAGAUUUAAGCGAUAAUAAUAUUGGGGAUAUAAGAAUAAAAGCUUUUCUAUGUUUGCCAAAUUUGAAGAAGCUUUUACUAAAUAGAAUACCAAUGAGGAGAAUUCGGUCAAAUAUAUUCGUAACCCUUCCAGUUUUGUAUUCUGUACAACUCUCGAAAAUAGGGUUUCCUUUGCAAAAAAUAGACGAUUAUGCGUUCAAUAGUUCAUCUCUUUCACAUCUGUAUAUGGAUGUUGCAAAUUUCCAUUUUGAUCGCGAGGAAUUUAAUCCACAGACUCUUUUUUCCUUGUCACCAAAUCUAAGUUUUCUAAACUUAGACCAUAAUUUUUUCCCUAAAAACGAAACAAAGAUGCAACAAAUAUUUUCACCUUUAGUAAGGCUGAAACAUUUAAUAAUAUCCUCAGUCAGUCUUUUUAUUCUUCCAAAAAAUGUCUUUCCAUACUUAAAAUCACUCGAGUCAUUAACCCUAAGCUCAAACAGAUUGUCAGAUUGGAAUGAUGGAAGCGAAAUAUUUUGGAAUAUGACGACUCUUAGAAACCUCAACAUGAAUGAUAAUUUCAUCAAAAUUAUAAAUAAAAAGACUUUCCCUGCAGGCGUACUCAGAUCGUUAAAAGUUCUGGAUUUGAGCUAUAAUUCGUUUGUAUGCACUUGUGAUCAGCUAUGGUUUACAGAAUGGAUUAAAACAACCAAAGUAAAGCUUCUUAGCUAUCCAUCGCUCUACAAAUGUAGGGCACCACCCGCGCUUGAUGGAACCUUAUUUCAAAAGUAUGUUAACUCGUCUAAGGAGUGUCCCCCAUGGAAUCCUAUUUAUACCACGGUGAUUAUUUUGUUUUUGUCUGCUACGGUAUUAGUUGUGAUAUUUGCGAUAAUAAUGAAGUGUCAAACAAACAUUAGAAACUAUUUAUACCUGUGGAGAAUCAAUUACAACAGAAGGAAAGGUUAUCUCCCCUUGCAGGAUGCAGAUGAUUUCGAAUAUCAUGCAUUUGUUGUAUAUUGUGAUGCAGAUCGCCAUUGGGUUCACCAAAAAUUUCUAAAAAAACUUGAACAAGACGAAGGAAUGAAACUUUGCAUUCAUCAUAGAGAUUUUGAAAUUGGGGAAUCAAUUACUGCAAAUAUCAAUAAUUAUCUAGAGAAAUCAUGGAAAGUUGUUGUUAUUUUAUCAAAUGAUUUUGCGAAGAGUGAAUGGUGUCAAUGGGAAGUUGAUGUCGUUCAAGAGAGAAGACGAAGGCAUGGAAGGGAUGUAUUUUUAUUGAUUAUGCUUAAAAAUAUUGACUCUAAACAUAUGACGAAUCAACUCAGAGCCCUUCUUGACAGUGCAUCAAGUCUGAAAUAUCCAGUGGGCGUAGGCGAGGAACUGUUCUGGACGGCAGCAGUAGAAACACUAAGAAAGCCUUUGGGGCAUCCACCGACAGCACUGUUAUGAUUACUGUCACAAAUCUAAAUAUGAAAUUUUAGAACACUUUCAUUUCUUAAUGUGAGCAUUUUGAAGUAUUUACUGUGAUGGUUAUUUGAUUAACGAUUAAAUUCAAAUGCAUUGUGAAUUUGUGUCACUGGUAAUACAGAUUUCUUCAUGAAAUAAUUUUCAUUGAAUUGUUAAAUAAAAAACAUGUAUAAUUACAAAUA